AUGAAGAAGGUAGCCAAAGAUUUGGACCAAGUUGCGGAGGAAUGGUUACGAGAGCACAAGGAAAAGAGAGCUGAAAAUGUGGCAAAUAGUGAGGAAGAUUUCAUGGGAGUGCUACUAUCUGUUCUCAGUGAUACAGAGGAGCAUGAGGCCGAUACCAUCAACAAAGCCACCAGUCUCGUCAAACAAGAACUAGACAUUCAUGUUGGCAAGGAUAAACUCCUACUGAUUGAAUCAGACACCAAAAACUUAGUGUAUCUUCAAUCUGUGAUUAAGAAAACACUACGCCUAUACCCUGCUGCUCCACUUAGUGUAACCCAUGAAGCUAUUGAAGACUGCUCAGUUAGUGGAUACCAUGUUUCAGCUGGAUAUGACUUUGAAUUAAUUCCAUUUAAUAGUGGUAGAAGAAUGUGCCCUGGAUAUUUGUUUGCGCUUAAGAUUUUGGAACUUACAUUAGCUAAUGUGCUACGUUGGUUUGAGUUUGAGACUCCUUCAGGCGAAACUGUUGAUAUGCGUGAAUCUCCAGGACUGACAAAUCCUAAAGCAACUCCAUUGGAAGUUCAUAUAACUCCUCGCCUUCCUACUUUUGUUUACCAAUCUACCAAUUAA